CACUCAUCUGACCGCUGACGUGCGGACGUCAGCACUGUAUAUAAAUGUGGAAAGAUAAAGGAAUAUCCGUGAUAUGAACCUUUGACGCUUUAACAGUCUUCCUCGAGGUAGUACAGCCGGGUGUGCGCGAGGUAAUAGCGAGAAUUUAUCCGAAAGAACACGCGAGAUAAAGAAAACGGCCUCGCAAAUGGAUGGCCUACGUCGCGGCGUCGUUAUCCUCGCGCUCGUCUGCGCCGUGAUUGCUCUAACGUACGGCUACGCGUUGAACGUCGCCGAGCAGCCACGGGACGGCGACUACGUCACCACGUCUUAUACGCAUUAUGAGGAUUUGCGGCAAUUGUUCGGUUCCCUGGAGGACCGAUAUCCGAACCUGGCGCGGGUGCUGUCCAUCGGAAAGUCGGUGGAAGGCCGGGACCUCCUCGUCCUGGAGAUCUCGGAGAACGUUGGACAGCGCAGCCUCGGCGAGCCCAUGGUCAAGUACGUCGCCAACAUGCACGGUGACGAAGUCGUGGGCAGACAGUUGCUUAUCAUUCUCGGCCAAUAUCUCCUGGAUCAUUAUGGCAAGGACGAUCGCAUCACCCGGCUAGUAAAUCAGACGGACAUCUACUUGAUGCCCUCCAUGAAUCCGGACGGUUUUGAAAAAUCAGUGGAAGGUAAAUGCGAGUCCAACGAUGACUUCUCUGGCAGAGAGAACGCCAAUCACGUCGACUUAAAUCGGGACUUCCCCGAUCAGUUUGAAGGAAAAAGUAACCAUCACAGUAAGGGUAGUUCUAUUCUCAACGGUCGUCAAAGUGAAACUAUGGCUAUGAUGACUUGGAUCUCCAGUGAGCCUUUUGUGCUCUCUGGGAAUCUUCAUGGCGGUGCAGUAGUUGCCAGCUAUCCAUAUGAUUCUGGUAUCACAAGAUCAUGUUGCAUAGAGAGUAAAAGCCCAGACGAUAAUUUAUUCAAGCAUCUCGCUCAUGCUUAUGCGGACAAUCAUCCAGUAAUGCAUAAAGGUGACGCUUGUCCACCAGAAAUAUUCCGAGGUGGCGUUACAAAUGGAGCAUACUGGUACGAAGUAAUUGGUGGAAUGCAGGACUACAAUUAUGCCCGAUCCAAUGCAUUCGACAUAACGUUUGAAUUGAGUUGCUGUAAAUAUCCAUCAGGUUCAACCAUACCGGAGCAGUGGCUGUUAAAUAAAGAAUCUCUAAUUAAAUAUUUUGAGCAAGUGCAUAUUGGAAUAAAAGGUUUUGUAUUCAGUAAGGAUGGUAGACCAAUUGAAAGAGCAAACAUUGUUGUAGAAGGAAUAGACCAUAAUGUAACAACCACGGUUAAUGGCGAAUAUUGGCGUUUACUGCUUCCAGGAACUUAUUCAAUUUAUUGUGUUGCGUGGGGAUACGAACCCAGCGAACCAAUAAAUGUAACUGUGUUAGAAAGUUCACCGAUGAUUCUUAACUUUACCUUGAGCGGCAAAGAAGUACAUGAACAAGGAGAAAGUACAGUCGACGAAACGAUAAGAUCCAUCGACAAGUAUGGCUUUUACCAUACCGUGGAGUUCAAGCAUCACAAUUACAUCGCAAUGGAGAAAUACCUAAAGGAUUUGAGUGCGAGUUAUCCCAAUAUUACCAGGCUGUACAGCAUAGGGUCUUCCGUGCAGGGUCGCGAGCUGUACGUUAUGGAGGUCACGAAGGAUCCCGGCGUUCACAAUCCCGACAAACCGGAGGUCAAGUACGUCGGGAAUAUGCAUGGGAACGAGGUAGUUGGUAGGGAAAUGCUGCUGUUACUGCUAAGAUAUCUCUGCGAAAACUACGACACCGACAUAAGAGUCACACGGAUAGUGGAGACCAUCAGGCUCCACGUGCUACCGAGUAUGAAUCCUGAUGGAUAUGAAAUCUCCAAAGAAGGCGACGUUUACGGGACAAAAGGCAGAGCGAACGCGAUGAAUGUAGAUCUUAAUAGAAACUUUCCCGAUUACUACGUAACCGAUGAUCUCAAUUGGCAUCAGCAACCUGAGACUAAAGCAGUGAUGGAUUGGAUAGCGAAAAUCCCGUUCGUACUCUCUGCUAAUCUUCACGGGGGAGCGUUAGUCGCGAAUUACCCUUACGACGAGGGACCAGAGGACUUGGGGUCCAAUGUUGCGAAUCCAAGUCCGGACAACGAUGUCUUUCGGAUGUUGGCAUUGAUAUAUUCCAAUGCACAUCCCCGCAUGCAUCUCGGCCAGCCGUGUCCGCCAAUAGUGAAAAAUCCGUACGGUAUGAAGACGCUCCUCGAGGAGCAUUUCCCAGAAGGUAUAACGAACGGUGCCGCUUGGUACUCCGUGUCCGGCGGCAUGCAAGAUUACAAUUAUGUCCACAGCAAUGACUUUGAGAUCACCUUGGAGCUUGGAUGCACAAAGUUUCCGAACGCUAACGACUUGCCAAAUUACUGGCUGGAGAACAGGGAGCCUCUUCUGCGUUUCAUUGAAAUGUCUCGCAAAGGUAUACACGGCAUAGUGAGUUCGUCCAUUGGCACCCCUAUACCCCAUGCAAAGAUCUCGGUUGAAGGUAUAAAACACGAUAUUUACACUGCUGAAAGGGGUGAUUAUUGGCGGCUACUGGUACCAGGGCGAUAUAACAUAACUGUCAGGGCAGUGGGAUACGAAACACUUACUCAGAAUGUCGAGAUACCAUCAUACGGCAACAAUCCCGGGGAUGGAGAAGUGACCCUGGACUUUACGUUAAUGCGUGACGACCCUCUGCAUUGGUCAUCCGCAUAUGAUUUUGGAUUGAGAGUAAACUUGCAGAAUGAUUACUUAAAAAAUUCUGACUUGAACGCUAGAUUCAGCCAGUUGGAAAAUCAUCAGUCAGAUACUGCCGAAUUUCUAGCCGGUGAUUCAUUGAUCAGCAUGGCCAUUCAUUCGUUGAAAGUCACGCAUGAUAUGGGGUCACCUGAUGAGAAUAAAUUUCGCAUCGCAUUGGUGGGAGGAUUGUUUGCUUCCCAGCCGGCGGGCAGAGAAAUUCUAUUACGUUUGGCGACACAUAUCCUCAAAGGAAAUCAAAUUGGUAAUCCGCCUAUUCAGAGGAUACUGAAUGAUGCUGUGCUGCAUUUCAUUCCUGGUGUCGAUCCAGGAUUCGAUAAUGUAGAGGAGACUGAGGAUUGCAAUCCUAUAAUCAACGACGAAGUAGGAAAUAAGUUAUUAGAAGAGAACACUGAUAUGUCGAAGCAAACAGAUAGAGUUGCGAAUGCGUUUAAGACUCUGUUACGGACUGAAAAUUACGAUGUUAUUGUGAUGUUAGGAGGUGGUGCCUCAAAAAUCAGUUAUUCAGACGACAAUCUGAAUACGUUUAGAAAGUUCGCCCAUGCCUACGAGUAUUCGAGAGACAGUGAGACAUGCAGCCAUCGGUACAACAACAGUACACAACAUUUGAUGAAUUUCAUACAACGCGUUUACGGCCCGCCAGUAAUGAGCGUAAGUCUAUCCUGUUGUAAGUAUCCGCCCGCGAACUCGAUCUCCAUCAUUUGGCGUGAGAAUUUGCAAUCGCUUAUGGAACUUGUGCAGAGUCUCACGACCGGAAUCCGCGUGAUGAUAACGGACAAAUAUGGUACUCCGCUUCGAGAGGCCAACGUCGAGAUUGGAAGAAGAACUUACGGCGUGUCGCACAACAUGGCUUACUUCAAAAUGAUUCUGGUGCCCGGUGAAUACACCUUAACGAUUUCCUGCGAAGGAUACGUUACGCAGGUGCGGAAAGUUUCUGUGCAACAACAAAGCAUAACAAUUAUCGACGUUAAAUUAGAACGAGAGAAAACGCCAUCGCCUGACAAUCAUCACAAGAAACCACCCGAGAAACUGAGUUUCGUCAACCGUGCUUUGACCGAUUUGAAUGCGAAAUAUCCGCGACAGACGACCUUGCAUAGCAUCGGCAAAACUGCGAAGGAUAACGAGAUAAUGUGUUUGGAGAUCGGUUCUAAUAACGAUCAGAAACAAAUGGGGCGACCUGCCAUUGUUUUCUCGGCCGGCAUUCUACGAGCGGAACCAGUGACUGCCGGGAUGCUCUUACAUUUCGCUUCAUAUCUCUUGGACAAUUAUAAGCAAAACACUACGAUUAUGCGUUACAUAGAUAAUUUUUCCAUAUAUAUAGUUCCAGAAUUCUCAUCCGAUCCCAACGAGAAUACCAUCUGCUCGCCGCAGCUGAAAGGCUUGCAGUUUCCGAUUCACGAAAAGCUGAGUGAAGAAGCGAAAUGGAUCGUAAACUGGUUUAAAGAUGUAAACGCCGUAUUAGCUGUAAAUCUCAAUAGUGGAUCGCGGCAUAUCGAAAUUCCGUUCGGUCGUGACUAUGGAAAGGUACGCGAGCGAAAAUACGAGAGCGACGAUGAGGAUUUACUGCAACACUUGGCCUCAGUGUACGCCAAUACGAGAGCAGAUAAGCUGUCUGCGAGUACAAGAUGCGAACAGGAUUCGAACAUCGGCGAUAAUAGCGUGAUACACUCAGCGCAGGGAAUUGGCGGAAAAAGAGGUCAUCCCUUAAUAGAUUAUGCCUAUUUCAACACGAGCACCUUAAUGAUGAACGUGUAUGUCACCUGCUGCACUACCGAUUACUCGAUCGUCGUGUGGCAGGAGAACAAAGAUAGUUUACUAGCCUGCAUACAGGAAAUGAAGAAAGGUGUGAGAGGAUACGUCACCAAUGAGGAGGACGAACCGAUUGAGAAUGUUGUCUUGUCUUAUGACACGUCACCGCAUCUAAUUAAAAACAGCAAAUCAGGCUUCUAUUCAAUUUUACUGCCUCCUGGAAGUCACAAUAUAACAGCUACGGUGCCCGGAUAUCACGCGGAAACCAAACUUGUCUCCACACCCACAUUCGAGACGAAGAAAUACUUAAGAUUAAUAUUCAAGCUCGUUCGCGAUGACAAUAUCAUAGGAAUACCUAGACUAGUAUUCAUUAUAAUAACAAGUAUGAUAUGUUUCGGCGUUGUGUUGUGCUGCAUGUGUAUCUGCGCGAGAUGUCGAGCUUCGGAAGAGGAAGAGAAAAGCAGAAAGGGAUAUGCGUUUAGUUUACUGCAGGAUGGUGGCAGCUUCUUUGAUGACGACGAGAAAGAAAUUGAGAUAUUUCGAAGACCGGUAGACGGAUAUCCGUCAAAUGAUAAUAAAGUUAACACGCCAUAUUUCGAUGACGACAACAGUUCCGAAGAUGGCAGCGAUUUGGAGUUUAUUCGGCCUGAAUGGGGUGAUACAAUACCAAAACAGACGUGACAGAACGUUUUUGUAUGCUAAACGAUAUAAAAUUACACAAUGCACGCGGUAAAUUUAAUGGAUUUUGUAUAGUUUAAACAAAUUUUCGGUGAAAGGAAAAUAAGGUGAAAGCAAUUUUAAAAUGCUGAAUUUACGAAAGUAAAA